AUGGUCGUGAAAGGGCCCCUUGCCCACGCGUUACACCUGCACCUGGGUUCUGUGACAGGCAUGACACCCUCCGCUGCCCCUGGCUGCAAGCAUCCCCCCGGCCCCCGGCCCCUCGUGGAGCGCCUGGACUUAGGCUGCCCGGCUCGGGCUCCUUCCUCACCGCGCCCGCGCCCUCGGACCCCCGCGCACGGCUCCCUCGCCGCCGCCCCCCGCCCCCGUGCGCACAGCCCCCCGGCCCACGGCCCCUCGUGGAGCGCCCGGACCCUCAGCUGCCCGGCUCGGGCUCCCUCGCCGCCGCCCCCGCGCCCCCGGUCCCCCGCGCAUGGCUCCUUCGCCAGCUCGCGCACCCGCUCCCGUGAGCACAGCCCCCCGGCCCCCGGCCCCUCGUGGAGCGCCUGGACUUUGGCUGCCCGGCUGGGGCUCCUUCUCCGCGCCCCGCGCCCUCGGACCCCCGCGCACGGCUCCCUCGCCGCCGACCCCCGCGCCCCGUGCGCACAGCCCCCGGCCCCCGGCCCCUCGUGGAGCGCCUGGACUUUGGCUGCCCGGCUGGGGCUCCUUCUCCGCGCCCCGCGCCCUCGGACCCCCGCGCACGGCUCCCUCGCCGCCGACCCCCGCGCCCCCGUGCGCACAGCCCCCGGCCCCCGGCCCCCGGCCCCUCGUGGAGCGCCCGGACCUCGGCUGCCCCGCGCACGGAUCCUUCGCCACCGCCCCCCGCGCCCCCGUGCGCACAGCCCCCGGCCCGCGGCCUCUCGUGGAGCGCCCGGACUCUCAGCUGCCCGGCUCGGGCUCCCUCGCCGCCGCCCCCCGCGCCCCGGUCCCCCGCGCAUGGCUCCUUCGCCAGCUCGCGCACCCGCUCCCGUGAGCACAGCCCCCCGGCCCCCGGCCCCUCGUGGAGCGCCUGGACUUUGGCUGCCCGGCUGGGGCUCCUUCUCCGCGCCCCGCGCCCUCGGACCCCCGCGCACGGCUCCCUCGCCGCCGACCCCCGCGCCCCCGUGCGCACAGCCCCCCGGCCCCCGGCCCCUCGUGGAGCGCCUGGACUUUGGCUGCCCGGCUGGGCUCCUUCUCCGCGCCCCGCGCCCUCGGACCCCCGCGCACGGCUCCCUCGCCGCCGACCCCCGCGCCCCCGUGCGCACAGCCCCCGGCCCCCGGCCCCCGGCCCCUCGUGGAGCGCCCGGACCUCGGCUGCCCCGCGCACGGAUCCUUCGCCACCGCCCCCCGCGCCCCCGUGCGCACAGCCCCCCGGCCCGCGGCCUCUCGUGGAGCGCCCGGACUCUCAGCUGCCCGGCUCGGGCUCCCUCGCCGCCGCCCCCCGCGCCCCGGUCCCCCGCGCAUGGCUCCUUCGCCAGCUCGCGCACCCGCUCCCGUGAGCACAGCCCCCGGCCCCCGGCCCCUCGUGGAGCGCCUGGACUUUGGCUGCCCGGCUGGGGCUCCUUCUCCGCGCCCCGCGCCCUCGGACCCCCGCGCACGGCUCCCUCGCCGCCGACCCCCGCGCCCCGUGCGCACAGCCCCCCGGCCCCCGGCCCCUCGUGGAGCGCCUGGACUUUGGCUGCCCGGCUGGGGCUCCUUCUCCGCGCCCCGCGCCCUCGGACCCCCGCGCACGGCUCCCUCGCCGCCGACCCCCGCGCCCCCGUGCGCACAGCCCCCGGCCCCGGCCCCCGGCCCCUCGUGGAGCGCCCGGACCUCGGCUGCCCCGCGCACGGAUCCUUCGCCACCGCCCCCGCGCCCCGUGCGCACAGCCCCCGGCCCGCGGCCCCUCGUGGAGCGCCGGACCCUCAGCUGCCCGGCUCGGGCUCCCUCGCCGCCGCCCCCCGCGCCCGCGCCCCGCGCCCCGCGGCCCCGCUCCCGAGCGCGGCGGCCCCGGCUCCCGGCCCGGCCCCGCGCACAGCGCCCCCGGCGGCGGCCGAGCGGAGCCCGAGCGGGGCGGUGCGCGGCACGGGGCCGGGCCGGGCGGCUCCCGGCGCGACUUCCUGUUGUGCCCGCGCCCCGCCGCCGCCGCCGCCGCCGCCGCCGCCCGGCGCCCGGCGCCCCUCGCCCGCUCCCCGCGGCCCGGCGCGGCCGCCGCCCAUGGAUUUCACCUAG